AUGCAUCUGCCGCUGCUACCAUGGCGGCUUCUCCUCGCAACGGUGCCGCUGGUCACGGCGGUGGCGGGCCAGAGGUGUUACUGGCCCAACGGCGUCGAGGCGACGCAGGCGGUAGCCUGUCCCGUCGCCGGCGGUACCGAGGUCGCGGCGUGCUGCUUCCAGAAUCAUUAUUGCAUGAGCAACGGCCUCUGCUUCUCGCAGACGGAGCUGAGCUUCUACCGCGGCGCGUGUACGGAUCAGAAUUGGUCGAGGAGCGGGUGUCCGAAGUACUGCGACAAGGAGGAGAUUACCGGCGGAGUUCCCGGUCGGCAUUGCGGUGUUGCGUUAUGCGGCGACAAGAAAUUCGCAUGUCAAAACUCCGGCAACUGCGCAAACUACACCUUUGGCGUUCCCGCGGGCCGGAUGCUGCUCAACGAGUAUCUGAAAUCAGACCUCGGCGACCUCGCGACGACGACGGUGACCGCGACCGCGGCAGUAGCAGGACAAAGCACCGGGGCCGCCGCCACGUGUUCCGCGACCGCGGCAGAGUCCAGUAGUAGCAACGGGAUCUCGACGGGCGCGGCGGCGGGAAUCGGGGUGGGCAUCGGCACCUCGCUGGCGCUGGCGAUCGCGGCGCUGACCGUCAUGUUGUUGCGCGAGAAGAGGAAGACGAGGGCGGCGCUGUCGAGCCAGGUGGAUUCUUCCGGGACGGGCCCGUCGUCGCCGUGGGCUAAGUCGGAGCGGACGGCAUAUGUGCCGGUUGAGGUUCACGAACAGCCUGUGCCGAACGAGAUGUCUAGUAACCAUGAUAGGAGACAUGAGCUUUCUUGA